GCCAAUCGGGAGAGGCAACUGUGGAGGGGGCCGAGGAGGGACAUUUUAAAAGGGCCGGGGACAGCAGGCGUCAGUGGCCAUGGCGGAUACAACGACAACAGCCUCGGCGACGGCGGCCAGUGCCGCGAACGCCUCUCCGGAUUCGCCCCCUUUCCAGCUGGGUAAACCCCGGUUCCAGCAGACGUCCUUCUACGGCCGCUUCAGGCACUUCUUGGACAUCAUUGACCCUCGCACACUUUUUGUCACAGAGAGACGUCUCAGAGAGGCUGUGCAGCUGCUGGAGGACUAUAAGCAUGGCACCCUGCACCCAGGGGUUACCAAUGAACAGCUCUGGAGUGCACAAAAAAUCAAGCAGGCUAUCCUACACCCGGACACCAAUGAGAAGAUCUUCAUGCCCUUUAGAAUGUCAGGUUACAUUCCUUUUGGGACACCAAUUGUGGUAGGUCUUCUCUUGCCCAACCAGACACUGGCAUCCACUGUCUUCUGGCAGUGGCUGAACCAGAGCCAUAAUGCCUGUGUCAACUAUGCAAACCGCAAUGCAACUAAGCCUUCACCUGCAUCUAAGUUCAUCCAGGGCUACCUGGGAGCUGUCAUCAGUGCUGUCUCCAUUGCUGUGGGCCUUAAUGUGCUGGUUCAGAAAGCCAACAAAUUCACCCCAGCCACUCGCCUUCUGGUGCAGAGAUUUGUUCCCUUCCCCGCUGUAGCCAGUGCCAAUAUUUGCAACGUGGUCCUGAUGCGGUAUGGGGAGCUUGAGGAAGGGAUUGAUGUCCUUGAUGCUGACGGCAACCUCGUGGGCUCCUCUAAGAUCGCAGCCAGACAUGUGCAGGGAAUCUGCUCUUUCCAAAUACUUAUGGAUGAGGGUGAGGUGAUGUUUCUCAUGUUUGGAUCUGGCUCUGUGAGCACUGCUGCCCUGCUGGAGACAGCACUGACACGAGUGGUCCUGCCCAUGCCCAUCCUGGUUCUUCCUCCGAUCGUCAUGUCCAUGCUGGAGAAGACAGCUCUCCUUCAGGCACGCCCACGACUGCUCCUGCCUGUGCAAAGCCUUGUGUGCCUGGCAGCCUUUGGCCUGGCCCUGCCACUGGCCAUCAGCCUCUUCCCGCAGAUGUCAGAGAUUGAAACCUCCCAGUUGGAGCCUGAGAUCGCCCGGGCCACAAGCAGCCGGACAGUGGUGUACAAUAAAGGGCUGGGAGUUGAAUUCUGACAUAUUUCCUACACAGAAGAAUCAAAUGCAUCUCUGGGCCUUAUGUGGAGUUGUCUGAACUCCACUCAGCACAAUUACGUGUGAAGCUGAAGAACUGUAGAGUGCUCCUGUAGUAGAAUUAGGAUCCUUUUAUAUGUUGCUUUUUUUAUUUUAAUUUUUUAUUCAAGCAAGUCUGAGCCUUGGCUGCAGCUGGCCAGAAGCAGCAGGUGGACAGGUGGUAGGAGCCUGGGAACUGGGUUGGAUUGAUGGCUAGGAAAUUCCAGUGGGCAGGCCAGAUGGCCCCCUGGGCUAGAGAGGGGAAGAAGAGGCAGUCUACUCCACAGGAUGAACUAGCCAUGAUCAAGUUUCCCAGGAAUUGGCCCAGAGAGUCAAGGAGCACUGGAGGCUUCUGGAAGAUUCUGAGGACAGUGGACUCUGAACAUAGCCAGCUCCCAUCUACGCCAUAACUGAGUGAAGUGCAGUGACCCUGGGCUGCACUUUCAUGGAGUUCUUACUAAGUCCAGGCUCCUGGGAGCACCCUAGCUCUAGGCAGGGAGCCCCAAGAAGGAAUAAUGUUUGUUGGGAAUAGGAGCCUAUGCUGGGCUCUUCAAGAAGAUCCUUUUCCAGGAGUAGGCUGGAGUCACACACUGGGGCAGAGUGUGAGCUGGAGCCAGGCCUGCUACUGUCCAGUCUGCAGCCACUGAAGCUGCCGUUGCAUCCCAUGCCUUCCUGCAUAGGGGAAUCUCCUGUCUCAGGGUGCAAGGCCAGAUUCCUGGAACCUACCUGAGAGGCAACAUUGACCCAGCUCUGACACUAACAGGCUCUGUGGCCAUGGACAAGCUUCUGUGAGCCUUAAUUCCUUGCCUGGAAGCGGAGGACUGGAUCAUAGGUUCCUACCACACCUCUGACUCAUCUCUGCCUAUCCUAAUCAGAUGCUGUUCAUGCCAGGCAUAUCCCCAAGGUGGAUGAUGAAUUGGAAAUGGGGCAGGCCCCUCUGGGAAUGGCCAGCACUUGGCCUCAGAAAGGAUCUUGCCAUUCUAUAUGUGACCCCACAUCAUGAAAGUUCUUGACCUGUGCCAAGCCCUUCAUGAUUACAGAAGAGGAGGUAGCAUGGAUGUCUGGGCUGAGCGUGGGGCCACACCAAAUGCCACCUUUCACCUCCUGCAGGCUCAGAGGCCCCUGCUGCUCACUUCUGACUGCAUCUCAUUUGCAGACCAGAGAGGAGGAGAGCUCUACCAAGGGAGGCUGGGUUGGGGUGAUCAGGGGGAUUCCUGGUCUGAAAGGCCCACAGGAAAGGAAUGUACUGUCUCCAUCAUUCCCCCACCCAACCCCCACAAGAUGUGAUCCUGGAAUCUUCGGUGACUCAGGAGGGGAUCUGGCUGAAGGUGGACACGUAAAAUUGCAAAAAAUGGCUGACACAGGGCAGUAAGGCCACAGAUAGCCUGCCUGCAUUUUAAAGCAGAUAUAGCUGCAAUGAGGUGGGUCUGCUGUGGGCAUUGGCACCAUGGUCUCCAUCCCUGGACUGGGGGCCAAGCCUGUCUGGAGCCACUUUUGAAUAUUUUGAAUAGUCCAUUUCUAGCCUACCCUGUCCCCCCUGUCACAGGGCCUUGUCUUUACAUACUUUAUCUUGGGACCAAAACUACCCCUACCCCUGCCCCCACCUCCAGAGGCCCAGCAGACCUAGGGCUCUUCCAGCUUUCCCUCUGCUGGCUAUUGCAACCCAACCUCACUCCUGUGACCUCAGCAUCUAAUCACUUAUUUGCUUUGUGUGAGGGUGACUUCCAUAAUACCCCAAAGACAAAUCUAGGCGAGCUGAAGGAGCAGCUCCUUUGGAGAGGGGUGGCAAAAGAUCCUUACAAUUCAGGGUGAUGGUGAUCCAAGGCCUUGGGCCAUGCUGCUAAAACCCUAUCCUGACUUCAGAAAACCCCAUAAGGGAAGCUUUCUGUGAAGCUUACCCCUGUCUGCUAAGGCCAGAGGAGAGGUGGCGGGUAGGGGCAGAUUGGCUCAUGCUUGGGAAGGAAGUGAGUUGAGUCUUGCUUUGCCAGAAUACAGUAAAUAUCUGCAACAGGCUUCCAGUUCUGGAGUUUCUGGCCAACUUUCCUCUGGUUACUUUAAACAUUCCCUCAGGCUCCCAGGAUGCUCUUCUUCCAUUUCCAGAAAGCAACUGGAGAGUGCAGGAGCCAAAAGUCCAAGAUGUCAAGAUGGCUACCAAGCCAAGAUGGCCAAUACACCCCUUUUCACUUCCUGGUUGUGAGCCAGCUGGCUUCUGUUUGAAGCCUCUGCUCUGGAGAAAGGUGGGACCCUGAGGAGGAGAAGAAUCAGUUAAAGGGAGGUCCAAGGUGGGCUUCCAUCCUUGGGCAGGUAUGAAUAAACCCCCAACACACAUGCCUCAGUGUAUCUAGGGCUUCGUGGUGUCUUUUUAACCUCAGAAAACUUCUCAAUUUAUGUGAUUUAUGUAAUACUAGUGAGCUGUGGGCAAUAAACAUGGAUUUAAAGCA